AUGCGCCUGUCAGUCGGACUCUCCCUGCUCGCGGCGGCUGCCGCCUCGGCUGCCACCAUUCGCAUCCCCGCCAAGAGGCAAGAGGCGAUCCCGGCUUCCAAGGUCCUCAUCGGCGGCCCAGGCCAGUUCAUUGUCGCAGACUUUGACGGCACUUCGUUUGACCUCAAGGCCAAGAACUCCCUUCCUGGUACAAGCCCCAGCUGGAUGGCCUUCAAGGAGCCCAACACCAUCUACGCAGUUGAUGAGAACGGCAAGGACCUGCGCAUCUUCAAGUACAACGCUGCGAGAAACGAGAUCAAGCUGGACAAGAGCGCGGCCGGCUCCGCCGGUGUUGUCCACCUCGAGUUUAGCACUGAUCAGACCCGUCUCGUCGCCGGCUCCUAUGUCGACGGCAAGAUCGACAUUUGGGACAUCGCCAACAGCACACUGCGCCUCCUCAAGUCAGUGACGUCGGACGGUGAACUAGGCCCCAACAAGGCGCGCCAGGACCAGCCUCGCGUGCAUCAGGUCGUCCGCGACCCCUCGGGCCGCUACUUCGCCGCCAACGACCUCGGCACCGACACGGUGCUCCUCCUCGACUCGGCCGCCGACUCGUACGACAUCGUGACGCGCGUCCGCGUCAAGAACGCCGGCUGCGGGCCUCGUCACGGCGUCUUCGUGCCCUCGGCCGACGGCACCAGGGCCACGCACUACGUCCUCGUGUGCGAGCUCCUCAACCGUCUCGAGGUCUUCGAGGUCACCUACGCCGACGACGGCAUCCAGUUCGCCGAGGUCCAGAGCCUGAGCACCUUUGGCAACACGCCGCACAACGCCACCUCGGCCCUCGCCGGCGCCAUCGCCAUCAGCGACAAUGGCAAGGACAUUUACGUCUCCAACCGUCUGACCGGCACCGCGCCGGCGCCCGACUCGAUCGCCCACUUCCGCGUCGCCGCCCCGGAAGGUUCCGCCUGUGGGAACGGCGACAAGGGCGGCAGCAGCAAUGCCGUCCUCGAGUUCGCCGGCCUCGUCAGCUCCGCCGGCGGCGUGCCGCGCAUGUUCAGCCUCAGCACCGACGGCGGGCUGCUGUUCAGCACGAACCAGAACUCGGGGCUGGGCCUGCUGGCGCUCGAGAGGAAUAAGGCGACGGGCGAGCUCACGGAGAAGCCUGUCGCGAGCGUCGACGUGGCCGACUUUGGCGAGGCCGGGUUUGGGCCGCAGUUCGUGCAGCAGAUUGCCUGA